ACUGGCGGGGAGCAGCUGACUUCAGCCGUCUCGAUCAUGUGACCGCCCCAGCACCCGGUUCCGCUGACGGUCCCGGGUCAGGGUGGGUGCUUUGAUGGGCCCCUGCUGUGAGGAGCAGCAGCAGCGCCGCUGCUCGGGCGCGGAGGGAUUAAUCAGUGACAGGAAGCUGCCUCUCUCGAAGCAGUGAUCUGCUGGGUCCCAGAGCUCUGCCAGGCCAGCCCCAGGAGUCUGUCUGCUGCCCCCGCUGCUCGCCCACCUGCUCCUGCCAUGGGGAGCCUCGGGGCCCUCCUCUUCCUGCUGGGGGCCCUGGGGGCUCUCGCCAAACGCUGCGAGGUACCAGUGGGGGACAGCAAGCUGGUGGAGAAACUGGGCCAGCACCUCUUGCCUUGGAUGGACCAGCUCUCUCCGGAGCAUCUGAACCCCAGCAUCUAUGUGGGCCUGCGCCUCUCCAGCCUGCAGGCCGGGGCCAAGGAGGUCCUCUACCUGCACAGCCUCAAGCGCUAUUACCAACAGAGCCUCCUGGGGUCUGCCUCCGGUGACGGCGAGGACAGCAGUGACUUCCAGGUCAAGCCCACUAUGGGCCAGCUGGCCCUCUACCUGCUUGCUCUCAGGGCCAACUGCGAGUUUGUCGGGGGCCGCAAGGGGGACAGGCUGGUCUCCAUGCUCAAGGGGUUCCUGGAGGACGAGAAGAGAGCCAUUGGACACGAUCACAAGGGCCACCCCCAGACCAGCUACUACCAGUAUGGCUUGGGCAUCCUGGCCCUGUGCCUCCAUCAGAAGCGGGUCCAUGAUAGCGUGGUGGGAAAGCUCCUGUACACCGUGGAACAUGACCAGCCUGUUGACCAGGGCCACCUCUCUGUGGACUCUGCAGCCAUGGUAGGCUUAGCCUUCACCUGUCUGGAGCGCUCCAACCUCAACCCCGAUCAGAGAAACCGGAUUGUCCUGGCCAUCGGGACAGUGCGGGACAAGAUCCUGAAGGCCCAGACGGCCAAGGGCCACUUUGGGAAUGUCUUCAGCACCCCGCUGGCUCUGCAGUUGCUGAUGACCUUCUCCACGCCUGGGGUGCAGCUGGGGCGCCCGUGCCUCAAGGCAAGGACUGGUCUGCUGGCCAGUCUGCAGGAUGGGACCUUCCAGAAUGCUCUCGUGAUUUCCCAGCUGCUGCCUGUCCUGAACCACAAGAGCUAUGUGGAUCUUAUCUCCCCAGACUGCCUGGCGCCUCGAGCCAUGUUGGAACCAGCUCUGCAGAUCCCUUCUCAGACACAAGGCCCUGAGGACAUCAGCAUCACACUGAAGGUCCCCAGCGUCAGGCCACCGUAUGACCAAUCCAUCUCUGUCCCUGCCGGAUCCUCUCUGCAGGAUGUCCUGAAGAAGGCCCAGGAGCUGGGAGGAUUCACGUAUGGAACCCAAGCCUCCUUGUCGGGCCCCUACGUGACCUCCGUGAUGGGGAAAGGGCCUGGGGAACGGGAAUUCUGGCAGCUCCUCCGAGCCCCUGGCACCCCCCUGCUGCAAGGAAUUGCUGACUACAGACCCACAGCUGGAGAAACCAUUGAGCUGAGGCUGGUCACCUGGUAGUCCCCUGGGCUCACUCAUCUCAGCACCCUGCACCUCCUCAGUCUGCUCUCCCUCCAGAUGUCCCUAUCACAGGCGCUUGCUUGACCCUGCUGCCACCUCCUGUGCAAUGGAGCCAUCACCCCCAGCCACCGGCCCUGCAGGGGUCCUCAGCCGCAGCCCCCCGUUCCUUGGAGCAGGGAACCAAGUGCCUUUCCUAAGAAGUCUGAGUGUGACCCAGCCCAGGCCCUGUAGACAUCCCAGAAAGGUCACCUCUUCGUCUGAAGGGCUUGAAGAAUCUCAGACUCCUUUGGGAGAAGUUGACCGGAUGCUUUGGUUGUGAGUACUGCCCACUCUGGGGCUGGGGGCCUGCCAGGAGGCCUCCAAGGCCCGACCUUAGCUCUCCAUACCACUGUCAGGGUGGCAGCCCAUCGCCUGGUGCAGAGUAGUUGGUGAGGGCUCUGCACGGCUGCUCAGUGCCCGCCUCUGAAAUGAUUAAAGUGUUGAUUGUGCACACCC